AGGCAGCAGCUCGGACACCUCAGGACCGAUGUGUGCCUUCACAUCUCCAUGGAUGGAUGUAGCCUCGUCAGGGGCGAGGCUGAGCGGUUAGCCGGAUUCGAGGACACAAACAGACCACCAGCAGCGGCAGCAGCAGGAUGAGCUCGGACGGGGGCGGGCGUCCCGUCAAAGUGGGCUCCCUGGUGGAGGUGAUUGGGAAGGGGCAGCACGGCACUGUGGCCUACAUCGGCAACACUCUGUUUGCCUCCGGAAAAUGGGUGGGCGUCAUCCUGGACGAGGCCAAGGGCAAGAACGACGGCACCGUGCAGGGCAAACGCUACUUCACCUGCGAGGAGAAUCGUGGGAUAUUUGUGAGACAAUCGCAGAUCCAGCUUGUUGAUGAUGGGGCCGACACGUCUCCAGAGACGCCUGAGCCUGGCACAGGCAAGGUUCCCAAACGAGAGAUCCUGGAGACGCCCAAGUCCACUAAACUGCGAGGAGUGAAGCCUAAAAAGACUACGGCCAGAAGGCCAAAGCAGCCCAGCCGACCUGCAGGUGGAAAGGGGGCUGCGUCCGGCUCAGCCUCGGCCUCUACAGGGGAGAUGAGCAGCAGCGAGCCCAGCACUCCGGCCCAGACCCCUCUGGCGGCUCCGGUCAUCCCUACCCUCCACUCCCCUGGAAACCCUCCGGCACCCGUCCCCACCAAGGAGGACGUCACUAUGGAAACACAGGAGGAGGAGGCGCUGCGUGUUCAGGUGAAGGACCUGGAGGAGAAACUGGAGACUCUAAAGAUGAAGCGGACGGAGGACAAGGCCAAGCUGAAGGAACUGGAGAAGCACAAGAUCCAGCUGGAGCAGCUGCAGGAGUGGAAGAACAAGAUGCAGGAGCAGCAGGCCGAGCUGCAGAAACAACUCAAAGAGGCCAAGAGGGAGGCAAAAGAAGCCCUGGAGGCCAAGGAGCAUUACAUGGAGGAGAUGUCGGACACAGCGGAUGCGAUCGAGAUGGCCACGCUGGAUAAGGAGAUGGCCGAGGAGAGAGCCGAGUCUCUGCAGCUGGAGGUGGACUCCCUCAAAGAGAAGGUGGACGAGCUCACCAUGGACCUGGAGAUCCUCAAGCACGAGAUUGAGGAGAAAGGUUCGGAUGGUGCUGCCUCCAGUUACCACGUGAAACAGCUGGAAGAACAGAAUGGCCGACUGAAGGAAGCACUGGUCAGGAUGCGUGACCUGUCGUCGUCAGAGAAGCAGGAACAUGUGAAGUUGCAGAGGCAGAUGGAGAAGAAGAACGUGGAGCUGGACGCUCUGAGGAGCCAGAAAGAGAAACUGCAGGAGGAGAGGACGGCGGCAGAAAAGACCAUCGACGAGCUCAAAGAACAGGUGGAUGCAGCUCUGGGGGCGGAGGAGAUGGUGGAGAUGCUGACAGAGAGGAACCUGGACCUGGAGGAGAAAGUCAGGGAGAUGAGAGAGACGGUCACUGACCUGGAAGCUAUAAACGAGAUGAACGACGAGCUGCAGGAGAACGCCAGAGAGACGGAGUUGGAGCUGAGGGAGAUGUUGGAUCUGGGAGCCGCGAAAGUCCGAGAGUCAGAGAAACACGUUGAAGCUGCGCAGGAGACCGUAGCCGAUUACCAGCAGACCAUCAAGAAAUACCGCGAGCUCACCGCUCACCUGCAGGAGGUGAACAGAGAGCUGACGAGCCAGCAGGAAGCCUCAGCAGAGUUGCAGCAGCAGCCGCCGGCGGAGAUGUUUGAUUUCAAGAUUAAGUUUGCGGAGACCAAAGCCUACGCCAAGGCCAUUGAGAUGGAGCUGAGGAAGAUGGAGGUGAGUCAGGCCAACAGACACGUUUCCCUUCUGACCUCGUUCAUGCCCGAGUCCUUCCUUCGUCAUGGCGGAGACCACGACUGCAUCCUGGUGCUGCUGCUCAUUCCCAGACUCAUCUGCAAGGCCGAGCUGAUCAGCAAACAGGCCCAGGAGAAGUUUGACCUGAAUGAGAACUGCGUGGAGCGAGCCGGGCUGAAGGGAGCCGUCGGGGAGCAGCUUAGCUUCGCUGGCGGUUUGGUCUACUCGCUCAGUCUGCUGCAGGCUAUGCUGCAUAAAUACGAGCAUGCUCUGGCUCAGUGCAGCGUGGAUGUCUAUAAGAAGAUCGGCGCUUUGUACCCGGAGAUGAGCGUCCAUGAGCGUUCUCUGGAUUUCCUCAUCGACCUGCUGCACAAAGACCAGCUGGACGAGACAGUCAACGUGGAGCCGCUCACCAAGGCCAUUAAAUACUAUCAGCACCUGUACAGCAUCCACCUGGCCGAUCAGAACGAGGACUGCACCAUGCAGCUGGCUGAUCACAUCAGAUUUACCCAGAGUGCCUUGGACUGUAUGGCGGUGGAGGUGGGUCGUCUGCGGGCGUUCCUGCAUGCGGGCCAGGAGAAGGCCGACCUCGCCGUGCUGCUGAAGGACCUGGAGACGUCCUGCAGCGACAUCAGACAGUUCUGCAAGAAGAUCCGCCGCAGGAUGCCCGGAACCGACGCGCCGGGCAUCCCAGCAGCACUCGACUUUGGACAACAGGUGUGCGACACCCUCUCCGACUGUAGGAAACACCUGACCUGGGUGGUGGCCGUGCUGCAGGAGGUGGCAGCAGCUGGAGCUCAGAUGAUGUCUCCUCUUGGGGAACAGGAGGGGCUGUCGGCCGUCAAACUGGAGGAUGUGGCGUUCAAGGCAGGAGAGCAGAUUUAUGGAUCCCAGGGUGCCAACCCUUACGAUAGUCUGCGCCAGUCCUGUGGCAUCGUCAUAGCAACCAUGAACAAGAUGGCCACCGCCAUGCAGGAGGGAGAAUAUGACUCUGAGAGGCCUCAAAACAAGAACCCUCUACCUGUGGACCUGCGAGGGGCGGCUCUUCGAGCUGAAAUCACCGACGCCGAAGGUCUCGGCUUGAAGCUGGAGGACAGAGAGACGGUCAUCAAAGAGCUGAAGAAGUCUCUCAAGAUCAAGGGAGAGGAGCUGAGCGAGGCGAGCGUCCGUCUCAGCCUGCUGGAAAAGAAGCUGGACAGUUCGUCCAAGGACGCAGACGAGCGUGUUGAAAAGAUUCAGACUCGACUGGACGAUGCCCAGACUCUGCUGAAGAAGAAGGAGAAGGAGUUUGAGGAGACGAUGGACGCUCUGCAGGCCGACAUCGACCAGCUGGAGUCGGAGAAGGCCGAGCUGAAGCAGCGAAUCAACAGCCAAUCCAAGAUGGCCGUCGACGGGCUGAGAGGAACCGGGCCGUCAGGAAUCGCUUCCAUCGUCACGGGAGUGGCAGGAGAUGAACAAAAAGUGAACAUGAUGUCGGGCGUCAGUUCCGGUUCGGGUGUCCAGGUGAUCGACUCUCCUCUGCUGACUCAGCAGAUUGAAGCUCAGAGACUCUGCAUCAAACACCUUAAGAACGACAACAACAGGCUGAAGGCUGAAAAGAUGCGCGCUCAGCUCGCCUCUCUGCCUCCUCUUCACGUGACCAAACUUCCCUCCAGAGACGGGGGUCGCCCUAAAGUGCUCUCCAGCGCCCUCUACCGCAAGACCGACCAGCUUCUGGAGACUCUGCUGCAAAUGAGCGCCAACGUCAAGGUGGUGGACAUCACUGGGAAAUCUCCAGUGAUACCUAGCGCUCAGCUCCUGGAACAGACUGCUAGAUUACAGUCCCUGAGUGACACGCUGGGCAGACUGAAGGACGAAGUAGCGGAGCACGUCGUCCACCAGCAACCUGGAGCUCGAGUCUCGUCUGAUUUUGCGACGUUCCCUUCGACCUCGUUUGUUAAGGCAAAGGAGGAGAAGCAGGGCGACACGGUGCUGGUGGGUCGGGUCAUGGUGCCGUGUACCCGCGGUCAGGAGCAGGUCCACCGGCUCGUCCUAUCCCAGUCUCAGCUGCAGAGAGUUCACAGUCUGCUGCGGACCUAAACUUCACCUGCCCUGCCAUCCUGCCUGCUGCACCAACACAACACCACCACCACAACAUGCGCUUCCAAACAAGAAGGUAUUUUAGGUCACGAGUGGAGAGAUUACAACCUGCAGGAAACGAUCCGAUUUAAAAAGCAAGUUGAUCUGUGUCGGUCAGGGCUGUGGUUUGAGACCAGUUUCAUCUCAAAAUUGACUUUGGAUAUCUAGAACUUUGUUCGGACGCUGCCUCUUCUUGCUCCCAGCCAUUUAGAGCUUAAAUUAUAAGUCUACAGAAAAUUAAUUCAAAACAAUUUUGAAUUUAGCCAUUUUUCCAAUCAAUGAUUUACUGAUAACUUGUUGGUUCUUUUUGUCAUAUUUGACAGUAAACUGAAUAUCUUUGAGUUUGUCAAACCGAAACAAGCAAUCUGGUAAAUUAUGGGAAUCCACUGUUGUCUAUCAUUUUAUCACAACAAUUAGGCAAUGAAUUGUUAAUUAAAAUAAUCACUACUUUAGUUUUUUAUAGUGGUCUCAAAUUCAACUUUUUCCAAAAAGGACCCAUGUUAGACUGCUGCGCUCUCAACUACAGCCCUGCAUACUGUAACUUAAAGCUCCAUCUUGCUCGUUGAAAUUUUGUUUUAUGGCCAGAAACAGUAGAGAUACUUGCAAUUGCACUACUGCACGCUGCCCAGAUUCACUGAUGUUGUUGUGUAGAAUAUUUAUCAAACUCCUCUUUGGCCCUGGUGUGGUUCAUAUUAGGCCAGAACAUUGUUACAGUAUUAGGAUCAUGACUUUUUUUUUUUAAAUCCGGUGUUCCAUUUUUAUAACCUGUCUAAAGGGAAAGGCUUGUGAUUCAGAAAUGAUACUGAAAAUAGCUUUGUCCAUUUGACGUAGUGAGCAUUUUACUGUGGUUUGAUCAAAGACACUUUUGCACAUAUAACAAGUCCUGCACAUUCAUUUGAGUAGGAUGUAACACUUUAAUUUUGCAAUGAAGUUUACAUGUAAGCAAACUACAGAGUUAAGGAUUUUGUAUUGUGCGCCGUGGUUUGAUUAAAACCUUGUGGACUGCACAGAUCAAAAACACUGAUUAACCUUAAGGGAUUUACAGUGUAAAAUGCAGAUACAAUUUAGCAGAUUUUUCAUGUUUAUUUAAAAACUCAGCUGAAGCAUUAUGCAGUAUUUAUUACAAUAUGGUGUUUCCGUCAUGCUCGAAGUAAAGUUACCCUUGUUCUGCUGAGAUUCCUGUUGCCGUUUCAAACUUAGUCUGAGCCUUAAACCUGCAGAGAGCACGUUUGGUUUGUUAAAGCAAAACUACAUCUUUGCCAAAGAAUAGUUUGUUUGCCAUAGCACAUUUUAAAAAAAGGCUUAGUUCUUCAAUCCAUGCUGAUUUGUUGACUAUAUUUACACAGUAUUGUCCUAACUUGAAGUUUUAUAAUUAAUUGGCAUAGUGUAUGUACAGACAUCUUAUUUAUGUGUAGCUGAUGUACUGAAUCUUGUCUAACCUUUUCCCUUGCGUGGCUUCCUGCUCAACCGAUCAAUUAAAGACAUUAAGAUGCUGUGUUUUGUGUUCAAUCAAAGCAUGGAAUGUGGCAAAACUGAA